GGACCGUUCGGCUCUGUGUGAAGGAGGACCAUGGCGUCGGUGAGAGAGCGGGCAGCAGCGCUGAACCUGGCAGGGAAACUCUACAGCCCCAUGCACCGGCCUGGGGAUCACCGGAUGGCUGGUAAACCAUUCCAGUCCAGCAUCAUUUGGAGCAACAUCAUCGCCCACCUCCAAGCAGAAGUGAAGGUGAAGCGGCGACGUCGCUAUCUGAAGUCUCACACUAACUGCUUUCUGGGCUCGGACGCUGUUAACGUGAUUGAGACCUACAUCAACCAGAACAAGAUCUUGGGUGACAUUAUUGUCCCUAGGGCUAAAGUGGUGCGUGUGUGCCAGGCACUCCUUGACUGUAAGGUGUUUGAAGCAGUUGCUUGUAAAGCAUUUGGGAAGGAGAGUAAGCUCUCCGUGUUCCAGGACAGCGACAGCAGCUUGUACCGGUUCCUGGGUGCGAAGAAUCCUCCACUGAGCAGUGCUGAGAACUCCCUUCCCUCUUCUACAGAACAGAGUCAAACACACAGCCAGCUGUACAGGCAGGAUGACCCCGUGUUCUUCCAUAGUACUCCAGUGAAGGCAGACCACAUUAUGGACCUCCUCCUUGAGGAGCCUGACCUUAGCCCCAGCUUUCUGCAGACUGAGACAUUACCACAGUCAGUGGUCAGUCAGGUGUGGCAGGAGCAGACAGUUCAGCGGCUUCUACAGCUGAUCGAGCUCCCUCUGCUGGAUGGAGUGUUGGACUGCAGAGAGUGUGAUACUCCUCUAUCUGGUGCUGACAAUAAUACGCCAGACCUUCUCUAUACCAGUAACUACCUGGACAGAGAAAUACUCAGGGCUUUUAAGGAUUCACAAAAAGAUGAGUGGCUCUCAGCAGCAUUAGACCUGCUGGACUUCCUGCCAGACCAGUUGGUGGUUGAGGUGAGCAGGGAGCUGCCCAGCUUUUCGUUGGAAAAUGAUGAGGGUGAUGAAGGCCAUGGCCCCUCCACAUCCAUAGGCAUUGAGCAGUGCAAAGCACUACUGUUUGACAUUCUGACAAAACACUAUGGACAGGCUAAUGUCCAGCCUCUCCUCACCAGUGCCUUGAAUGAUGUUUACACGCAGAUUACUGAACUUCUGGUGAAUGGGAAGUUUGAGGUAGCUCUAGAGGUGCUGCAGCUGUGUCUGAAGUUGCUUCCUGUGGACAGCAGAGAAGAGCUUUACAGGCUGCUGAGAUUCAUGUCGCUGGCUGCAGAACCAGUACAUGUCCGUCUUCAUAAAGAGACUGAAAAUCGGAUGAUGGUAAAGAAGACCUUUUCUAGAGCUGUAAUACAAAGCAAGUGUCUUCCGAAGGGCAAAGUGGACCUGCUUCUGCUCUUCAUGCUUGAUAACUAUCAAGAAAUCUUCAAGAUUCCAGGUUCUCUGCACAAGCUGGUCAGUGACAAACUGGAUGACCUUUUAAGAAAGAAGAACCCCAACACACACAGUUAUGCAUUCUGUCAGCAAAUUUCAAGCAACUUGUAUGAGAACACUGUAAAAGAACUGACGAGGAACGAGCUGUUUGUGCUGCUCAGGAAUAUCGAUGAAAACGCAAAGUAUUCCACAAAGGAGAAGAACCGUCUGCUGGCACAGUUCCACAAAGGCCAUCCUGAUGUUUUUGCACAGUAUUUUGGGUCUAGACUGAGCACCAUCAACUUGUUUGAAGUGUAAUUGUCUUUUUGUUUUCCCCUGAACAUAUGAUGUGCUGUGGUGUGUAAACAUUUUAUGUGUAAAAUCAAAUAAAUGUUUGUAAACUAUAUUUUGUAUAUUGAGAGAGCAGGUAAUGUAAGCCAGUGACUUAAUUUUUACAAAUAACACA